AUGGACGAGUCGGCUCUGGAUGCACACAACGUGCACCGCUUCAGGACCAUGUCCCACGCCGCGCUGCAGAAGCGCAUCUGGAAGAUCAGGCGGCCGGAGAAGCUCCGUUCGUUCAUCAAUGUGCUGGAAGGCUUCCAGGAGGCCGAGCUCGCGGAAGAGGCUCGGCUGGCCCUGGGCGAAUUGGAAGGGAGUUGA